GACUGAAGACAUUGGCACCUUGUGCGGUGACGCACUUUUGCCACGCGAUCUCGCUCAUCCUUUUACAUGACAUGCAUCAUCUGAGACCUGAUGCUUCUGGACAUCCAAUAAAACACUACCUGACAAGAGACCGCAUGUAUAGCCUUGCUCUCAUUCCUGCGCUGCAGAUGCAGUAAUUUCCUCGCGCAUGCCUUUGAAGGGUCAAAAUGGUGGUUCACCGCCUCAAGAUCGAUUGCGGAGAGUACGGCAAGUUCCUCGCUGCCAAUGACGGCUUUGCAGCGGCGCUUGACUUUGUCGUCAGCAAAAUCGGCUGCUCGCAGGGCGAUGUUCGACUUCACCUCCGGGACGGAGAGGAGCUAUGGGAAGUAGACGGAGGACAAUGGGACCUUGUGCAGGCGGGAGACACCCUCGUCGUCUUGACGUCUAAGGGAGAUAUUCUCCACAAAAGCGAAGUUGACGUCAACCAGAGAUCUCCAGAGUUUCACACAUCAAGCACGAGCUCCAAUAAGUCGCCUAAUGACCGUUGGCCCAGCGUAGUUGGCAGCGAUACGGCUAUCGGGAACGCGGCGCUUAGAGGCUCGCGAAGGGCUAGCUACAGGGGCCUGCCGCCGGCUUCCAGUAGUUUUCGCGCCCCUCCCGCACCUUUGGGUGCACCGUCUGCAAGGCGCUCUUUUGACCAGGAUGGGCCUACCGCACCUGUGGAAUGGGCUUCGCGACGCGGGCGCUUCGCGGACGAGUCCAGUCGGUACGGUCGUCAUCAGUCGUCGCCAUCAGCGUCCCUUCACAAUAUUCCGCGCGCCAGCACAUCGAGAUCAAUAGAUGCGAAGGCAGCUCCGAGAUCCAGUCGCAUUCAGGGGUCAGGGUCAGGAAUUACUCAGAAUGAUGGGAGGGAAGGGUUUAGCACGCGAGAUCGGGCCCUUGACCGUGAGCGCAUGGUAGCUGAGCAGCGCGAGGCUCUUCGCAUUCGGGCGCUGGAUGCUGAGCUCGAGCGUGACCAGCGUCAGCGGCAGGCUGAGCGUGAAAGCCAGGGAAAAGAUCGGAUCAAGUCCUUUGUAGAGCACAGCUCAGCGGAAGCGUCUAGCGGCAAGCGUUGGGAUGACCGACAGGCUGGCAUGUUCCUGAAGAAGCUGCAGGAGAAGCUCAGAUCGAUCAUUCAGAGCGAGCCGAGCCCGGAUCUGAGCUAUGAUCGUGUCUUUAAGGAACUCAUUGGGGAGCAUGAGUUCUUGAGUGGCAGGUCCGUCGCAGCGUUGAAGACGAGGCUGCUGAUCAUGACCAAGAAAGCAAGGGAGAAUGGCGUGGAACUGCCAGUAAUCAACCGAUUCCAAGAAGCAAACAGUCGCAGUUCUAGCAAGCGGAGCAGAAAUGGUAGCCGCACAGGGAGCACUAGUGGAGCCAGCGAGGUUGGAGACGAUGAGGCCUCACGAGAAGAUUUGCAACAAUCUAGAAAGGCCAGGAAGGUUCAAUCAAUGGAUCCUGAGCGCGCGACGUCCACAGCUGUAGGAUUUCCUUGGCCGGUUCGCAACUCAAGCUAUCCCAGCGGCCGCCUGCCGCCGCUCGCCAUGGGAGGCCCUGUUGCUGAUAGCGAUGAAGAGGACAUGUCGUCUUCCUCAGGCUCUGAAGGAGAUCAAGGCGUCGGCCCGUCGAGCGGAGCCUGUAUCAAGGCGCAUAAGCCGCUGAGUGAGGAGGAGGAGCAGCGCCGGAUAGCGCAGACGAGGGAACGCUUCGAGGCGGAGAACCCCUUCGCAAAGCAGCGGCCACCGCAAGUGCAACGUACCACGCCACCCAAUAGAGCGGGCCCGCCCCCCACACCGUCCAGCGUCGGUGGCAUUCCACCGCUGGCCUUGGUAGGACUAGCCCGCUCACCACCCUUGCGUGCUGCGAAGAAGGAAGUGCCCGCAGAUGACGAGCAACCUCCCAAUCUUGCCCGGCACCUUCCUGCGUAUGGAGUACAUGCAGAUCAAAAUUCCGCCAAGGCGCCAUGGCAGCUAGAAGAGAUCGAGAAGUGGAAGAGUAAGCCUCCUCCAAAGAUGGAACGCAACGGAGCACGCGAGGAUCUUAUGGGGCUGAGAACGAUGGGCGGUGCCAUUUUGUCCCGCGCCAUACUCCUUGAAAAGGAGAACCUGUGUGAGCAGGUCAAGGGUUAUGUGUCUUCCAAGGCAGAAAGUACGCCCUCCUUCGAUGCUUUUCCGUUCUCCGAGGCUGGGCUCUACAUCGCCGGGCUCAUUAAUGCACCUGAGCAUGCCCAGGACCCGACGGGCGCAAAGGUAUUCCCGGCCGUCAUCUACGCAGUGUACGAGGAAAUGUUCGCCAAGAGCCCUAGCUCGUGGUCAGUCCGCAAGGUGGCAAUGUGCGCCACGAUCCUGCUCCUCUUUAUCAGCCGCCAUAUCUCUACGCAAUACGACCGGUCGAUGCCAUCGGAAAAGACUUUCCGAGAUGUUGAUAAGCAGUCGAGAUCGUUCUUGCCACACCGACGUUUUCGCGCGUAUCUGCAGUGCUUCUUGCUCGAGGGCUGCGAGCAGGGCAGUACUGCACUCAAGGAGUCAGCAUAUCACGUUACUCACCCGCGAGACGGCCUUGCUGCUCUUCUGGCCUUGAGGCCGAACUCUCUGCGUCCAGAUUUGGUGCUGAACGCCCUUGCAAAGCCACUCUUCGAUGUCCCGGAAGAUGAAGUGGACACACAGAUGCAACUAUUGGAGGAUCUUUCGAUCAUUAUCGGAAAAUGCAUCUCGAGCGUCGACAUGGUCAGCAAGACUCCUUGGCUAGCCGAAGACCAUCUGUACAUCAAGGGUGGCCCCACCGAGCUAUCCGCUAAAUGGGAUGUACCGCUGAAACGAGCGAGGGACAUCGCACUGCCGCGCAUCGCAGGACUGACCAACGACGGCGCUGUUGCAGAAAAGGCCCUCAUGCUUGUCGAUCAGAUCAACGAUCUCAGCAAGCAGAUCGAUGAAGCAGAAAGAAGCGCUCGCUAUGCGGAUCGGCUCGAGGACAAGAUCAUCUUCCUGUGUGGCCAUGGCGAGCAGCUCUCGCCCGAGGACGUUAGGGAGUUUGCUCACUCCACAACCGGCGGAGGUCCCAGCUUGAAGCCAUCGCACGUCCUGCCAUUCCCUGUUAAGAAUGACGCGGACAUCCUGAUCGUUAUUCUGAGCUGUAAGCAGGACCAAAAGAUGCUCUACAACAAGAUCCAAAGGACCGCAUGGCGCAAAUACUUUUUCAAAUCCAAGACGCCCGAUUUCGAGGUUCUCUCGAUGCAGAGGCUGGGCGCUGCCUUGGUCUUACAACAAGCGGAGAAGGUCAAGAACGCAUGCCCGACAUAAGCGGCGAGUGUCGCAUUCUUUGGCGACCAGUAGCCGAUAUUCGGUAAUGAAUGGAUGUCAGCUUGCGAAGUCAAUGCCUUCGGAUCGCGCAACAACAAUUUAUACACAAUGACGGAUGGCAGGUGUUGCCUAGCACAGGCUGUAAUCCAUUCUCCAUUUUGUUGUGCAU